AUGUCAGGCGACAGCUUUAGCAAGGAAAUCAAAGCACAAGUUACUCACUUCACUGUAACAAUAUACCUCGAAUUUGAUUUAUUGACAUCGCAAGAGGUUGAUCAAAUUGUAGUUGAUAAAGUGGUAAUUUUCGUGUCAUUCAUUAUGUUUGCUGCUCAUGGAUUCGUAAACUGUAAUAAACAAAGUGCAGAACUUUUCAUAUCGUAA